AUGGGUGUUCUUGAGAAGGUGGUGAGUCCAAAUCGCAAGGAUUGGUCCAAUAGGUUGGAUGAUGCUCUAUGGGCCUAUCGAACGGCAUCUAAAACUCCUUUGGGAAUGUCUCCUUACUGCUUAGUGUUUGGAAAAGCAUGUCACUUGCCAGUGGAACUUGAACAUAGAGCUUAUUGGGCACUCCAACAACUCAAUCUAGACUUGCAACUGGCGGGGGAAAAGAGAAUGCUACAACUUGAUGAAUUGGAAGAAAUGCGCUUCCAUUCAUAUGAGAAUGCAAAGCUUUAUAAGGAAAACCCAAAGAGGGUGGUUGUGAGGAUUCAGUGGAAGGGAUGUUGUAGCUAUGCCGUUAGGCUCUUUAGUGAUGCUGCAGUAUUGGAGAUAGGAGAGAUUUGA